AGAUGAUGGUGGACGGCGACGUCGACGGCAGCUCCCUUCCCGAUGACUCCUGGGCCGACGGCCCUGCUGCGGCCGCGGCCGCCAGCGCCCCCCCGCGCCCUGGCGGUAGGCCCCCUGGCGGCGGGCUUCGCGGGCGUCGGGGUCUUGGCGCCCUCCCGCUCGCGGACACGGCCCCUGGUGGAGGCCCUCGCGUUCGUGGUGAAGGAGGCGGUGCGGGAGCCGCGGGGGGCUCCAGCUCGGGCCCUGGGCCAUCCGAGGUCGAGUUCGAGCGCUUGCUGGAGACGUCCAUGGAGAUGCUGCAGCGGACCGCGGACUGGGAUCCCAGCCGCGAGGGCGAGCUCCGCGGUGAGCUCAGGCGCAGGCUGCAGGCUUCUCUCGGGCACUUGGUGCCCUGCGGUGCGUGAGGGUGGCUGCCUGUUUAGUAGCCGCUCGCCUCUGCGCCGCCUCGGGCCUCCUUCAGGU